ACUGUUUCAGUCUAAUUACACUCUUUCCAAAGUCACCCUCUCUCUCUCUCUCUUCUAGCUCACUUUCUUUCUCUGUAACUGUCUCUGUUUUCUCUUUAUUGGGCUGUUUUUUUUUUUGGUUGUUGUUGGAAAAGAAAGUGUAAGAAAGUGAUCUUCAAACUUUCUCUCUCUUAAAACCACAAUGCUCUUUGGGAGUUGAAUUCCAUUGAUAUGGAAGAGUUUUACAGGCUGAAUCCUGUAAUAUCUUGCUCAGAUAACAACAUUUGUGCUACUACUUCAGCUGGGUUUCAUCAUCAUGCCCCUAUGGAUAACAUGCUCCAAUUCCAAGCUGCUGAGAUCACGGAUCUGAUCAAGACCCAGAUUGCUAAUCACCCUCUUUUUCCUAAUUUGGUUUCUGCUCACAUACAAUGCCAAAAGGUUGGAGCUCCCCCAGAAAUGGCUUCUCUUCUUGAAGAAAUCGGCAGAGAAAACCACGUAUUAAGCACUUGCAGUAAGAUGGAAGCUAAUCCGGAACUUGAUGAAUUCAUGGAAUCAUAUUGUGAGGCUCUACAUCGAUUCAAGGAGGAGCUAUCCAAGCCGUUCGAUGAAGCGACCAUAUUCUUGAGUGGCAUUGAAUCACAGCUGAAUAGUCUCUGUAAAGAAACCUUGGAUUAUCGCUCUGAUGAGGCAAUUGGGACUUCAGAGGAAUUAAGCUGUGGGGAGGUAGAUGCACCUGAAAGUCAAGAGUACUCUUCUGGUGCCCGUCCGGGUGACCAGGAAGUGAAAGAAAUGCUCCUUCGAAAGUACAGUGGCUAUCUUAGUAGUUUAAUGAAAGAGUUUUUAAAGAAAAGAAAGAAAGGAAAGCUACCAAAGGAAGCAAAACUAGCAUUGAUGGAGUGGUGGAAUACUCAUUACAGAUGGCCAUAUCCUACGGAUGAGGAUAAAAUGAAGCUAUCAGAGGCAACAGGAUUAGACCAAAAGCAGAUCAACAAUUGGUUCAUAAACCAGAGGAAACGGCACUGGAAACCUUCUGAAGACAUGAGAUUUGCUCUCAUGGAAGGUGCUAUCAGCAGUGGUGGAGGAGACGUGUACUUUGACACUGGAGGUGGAGGAGGAAGUGAUGAUAUCUGAUAUCUGAUCUUGGACAAUUUGCUUCAUAAUCUGGAUUAAAAGAUUAUUGCGUGCAAUACUACAUAUAUUAAUUAAUUUGUCAUGUUAUAGCAAUAUCUUCAAUAAUUUUAUGCAUUUUCUAUAUCCAAAAACCACAAUUAUCUAUUGUAUAUUCUCUUUUAUCUACUUUAAAUAUCAUUUUUCUUUUUUCUUUUA